UGGUGAGAGCGCCGACCAUGUCGCUGCACUAAGCGUGCGCUAAACCGCAUGGGACGGCGCCCAUUGUCUCGCCGUUUGAGUUAUCCCUGACUUCGAGCUCUCUUGCGACCGACUCCCUUCUGCCGUGUGCUCCUUUCCCCUUCACUUGACUCUGCUGCUUGCUCGUGCAGUGCACUACCAGCCCGUGCUCGGCGAGACAACACACGGCGUGUUCCUGGGCAGCUGCGACCUGGCCCGACCUGCCUGUCCCCGCCCGCAUCCACGCCCACGCCCCUCGAAUUGCGGCCACAUCCUUCGCCCGCACCCGCCCUCCCACCACGGCCGCCAGACACAAAACGCCCUCCUAGGGACGCCAUCCCGGUGCCCCUCCACGCCAACUGCAGCCCGCCAUGAACAACCAGCAGCAGCAACAGCAGGGCAACCGCCUGAACCUCGCCUUUGGCUUCGGCGGCGGUGAACGACAGCAGCAGUACCCCACCACGCCGUCCACCUUCCCCCAGCCCGUCUACCCGAACCAGGCCGGCCAGCAGGAGGUGUGGGGCGCUCAGCAGGGCAACGGAUACGCGGGCGGCAAUGGCUACUUCAUGAACCCCUACCAGCAGGCUCAGUACCAGGGACAACAGGGAAACCUGCAGGCCCCCAACGCUGGCCGCUUCAACGAAGCUGCCAAUGGGCUUGCCCAGCAGUUCCAGCAGCAGCACCUCGGCGGCAGCGGUCGUUCUGGGAGUCCCUACGGCGGCCGCCAGCCCUCGCCGAGCCAGCAGCGGCCCCGGACCGCUGACAACAGGGGCUACCCGUAUGGAGGAGGAUAUGGUCACCACCCACGGCAGCCUUCGCUGAACGACGAGGAGCCUCCGCCAAAGACGCCGGAGAAGUACUCGGACAAUGUGCUGCGCCAGGCCAAGGUCUCGAUCAACCUUGUCAGCACCUUCUUCAAGGACAGCGUGCAGCGAGCGCGGGAUCGCAACCAGCGUGCUUUGGAAAUGGAAUCCAUCAUGAAGGAGCCCUCUAUAUCCGACAACCGCAAAGCCCAGAAGGAGCAGUCCAUGCGACGACAGGAGGCCGAGUACCUUCGCUUCCUCCGAACCAAGGAGCGACCAGAGAACUUUUCCACACUAAAGAUCAUUGGCAAGGGUGCUUUCGGAGAGGUCAAGCUUGUCCAAAGGAGGAACGAUGGCAAGAUCUACGCCCUCAAGUCGCUUGUCAAGGCUGAAAUGUUCAAGAAGGACCAGCUUGCCCACGUCCGCUCGGAGCGUGAUAUCCUCGCCGAGUCGGAUAGCCCGUGGGUCGUCAAGCUGCACACGACAUUCCAAGACAGCACCUUCCUUUACAUGCUUAUGGAGUUCUUGCCUGGCGGUGAUCUAAUGACUAUGCUGAUCAAGUAUGAAAUCUUCACUGAAGACAUCACGCGUUUUUACAUGGCCGAAAUCACUCUUGCUAUAGAGGCUGUCCACAAGCUUGGUUUCAUCCAUCGUGAUAUCAAGCCUGACAACAUCCUCCUGGAUCGUGGUGGCCACAUCAAGCUCACUGAUUUUGGUCUCUCGACCGGUUUCCAUAAGGAGCACGAGGCCGGUUACUACAAGAAGCUACUGGCUGGUGGCGCACACAAGUCGAACAGGGAAAACCGGAACUCAAUGAACUUGGACCAGAUCCAGCUUACCGUCAGCAACCGUGCGCAGAUCAACACCUGGAGAAAGUCCCGUCGCCAGCUGGCAUACUCCACUGUGGGUACUCCCGACUACAUUGCGCCCGAGAUCUUCAGUGGCCAAGGUUACGACUAUGGCUGUGACUGGUGGUCGGUUGGGACUAUCAUGUUCGAGUGUCUGAUCGGGUGGCCUCCGUUCUGCGCUGAGGAGCCGCAUGACACAUACCGCAAGAUUGUGGACUGGCCGCGGAAUCUGCACUUCCCCCCGGACCAGCAGCUGGGAGCUGAGGCCGAGGAUUUUGUAAAGCGCUUGAUUUGCGAUGCCGAACAUCGCCUGGGCCGUAUUGGUGGGGCCAGUGAAAUCCGGCAACAUCCUUUCUUCCGCGGUGUACAGUGGGACGGUCUGCGCCGUAUCCGUGCGCCAUUCGAGCCGAAGCUGCAAUCCAAUGUCGACACACAGUACUUCCCCAUUGACGAGAUCGACCAGAACGAUACCAGUGCUGCGUUGCGUGCGCAGACGGCGCAGGCGGGCGACGACGCGGCGGCGGAAAUGAACCUGCCCUUCAUCGGGUACACGUACAAGCGUUUCGACGCUUACAGAGGAAACUAGAUACCCAGUCCUGCUGGCUACGACGGCAUGAGGCUAUGAUCGAGCUUUGUUGGUCCUGACCUUCGAUUUCAUCAGUCAAAGAAAUUCUCGCGCUGCUACCUAUCAUUUACCAAUGCUCGGCUGGGGUUGGUACUUUUCUCCUACUACGAAUGCAUCUUGGCAUGUGGGCUGGAAAUCGUUGUUGGGAAUGUUGGUGAUAGGGAUCAUAUUUGCAGGACAAAUGCAUAUGUUGGUGCUGUGGAGUGAUAAUCCAGCGUCGGGUUUUUCGUAUUGUGUUUCCGUGACCGUAUUUCGUGCCGUUCCAGCCUGCCGUUCCAGCGUGCUAUAAAGUUUUGUGGAUUGUGUCCACUACAGCAGGACAACAACGAUAACAGAGCAAGACAAACUACAAUACGAUUGAAGAAGGGCUUUUCUGCUCAUCUCUAACAGG